AUAGAAAUUAUAUAGCAAUUUAUAAUUUGUGGUAUUUGUUUAAAUUGAAUGAAAAAUUAUGGUUUUUUUGGUGACCACAUCCGAGACUCAAGAACACUGAAUUUGUGGGGAUGAAGUGGAACCAUUGAAUUUAAUCCGAACUCAAGAACACCUUGAUGCCAUUCUGUGGAAGAGGAAAACUGGACCUUCAUGCAAUUCUGUGGAAGAGAAAAACUUUAUCAGCAUUUUGUACAGCUAUAUUACUAAAGUUGAUGGGCCUUGACCCCAUUCUGUUCGGCCUCUUGUGAUUGUAUUAAAGUGUAGGGCCAUAUUUUAUGGAUUUGUGCCAUGUUUACCAAAACUGUUUCUGCCAUUGGAUUGAAAAAAAUGGAGGGAAAAUUGGAAUGAAAUUGUUGCAUUGAUUUCUCAUGGGCUUUUAUAUAUAUAGUAGAUUAGGAUCUUCUCGGUAUUUUAAAAUUUUAAUCAAAAUAAUUGUACACUCUAUUUUCUUUCAUUAAGUAUUACAUAACUUAAUUUAAGACAUGACGCCGGUGGAAGAUAAGCUGCGGGAAGCGAGGUUGAGAUGGUUUGGUCAUAUGAGGCGGCGGAAUGCUGACGCCCCUUUGGAGCCGGGGGUCUCUUGGAAACAGCCUCUCUACUUCCGAGUAGGGCGUUGGGGGGAAUCGGUCGUCGGCCACUGGUUUUCCUUCAUGGUUCCAGCAGAUUCUGCUCACCGCUUCAACAACGGAUCUCCAGCGGAUUGCUUGGGCAAUAUGGAUCCCACAAAUGGGUGUAAAUGUGCGGCUGCUGCUAUUACUCGUGCGCAGGUGGAGCGAGAUAAAACCAUAGAUUUUCUCCUCGACCUUGAUGAUGAGCAAUUUGGUCAUAUUCGGUCGCAAAUUAUGGCUACCGAACCUGUGCCGGAUAUAGAUCGCGCCUAUUCUUUGAUUUCACAAGAGGAACGUCACCGGUCUAUCGUUCGUUCUCGUGACGAUCACACCGACUUUGUGGCCUUUGCCACACGGUCCGAUCGCCGCCCGCCUACUACUGGCAAGUUUCUGUGCUCACAUUGUGGUCUGACUAGUCACACGGUCGAAACUUGUUAUGAACUUAUUGGUUUUCCCACUCAAUAUAACAAAGGUCCCAGUGGUCGUGGUUAUUCGGGCAGCAACCGUGGAGGUCGUGGAGGCCAUGGGGCAGGUCCAGCCGGUAGCCAUGGUGGCCGCGGCUCUGGCAGUACUCCAGCCGUUGUUCCAGGCAGUAGCCAGCCGGCAGUGACCACCACCAGCAGUGGGUCCCCCGCGGCAGUGCACGCAGCGUCAGGUGACGCGCAAUCUUCCCUCAGUGGUCAGAUGAGUCGACUUAUGUCUAUGUUGGAAGCCUCCGCAUCACAUGCUUACUCUAGUAUUUUCUCUUCUUAUGAUUGGAUUAUAGAUAGCGGUGCUUCACAUCACAUGACGGUCCAACCAGUUCUAAAUCCCGCCGACGUCGACUUCCCCGUCACCUCUCCGCCGGCUGCCUCCCUCGGCAAUACCACCGAGCAACCCAGCUCGUCUGCCGUCCCUGUCUUGUCUCCCGUCACUGUCCCGUCUCCCACCCCUGUCCCGACGACCAAACAGCCCCUCAUUCCCGUCACUGUCCAGUCGACGGGCGAGUCUCCCUCGUCCGUCCCGUCCCCUUCUCCAUUACCUCCUCGCACACGUCGCCUCCCCACCCACCUCAAUGACAAUGUGCUUCAUUCUGUAUCUCCCGUCACUCCGUCUUCCUCUUCACCUAGCUCAGUCUCGUCUGGUACCCGGUUCCCGAUUACUAACUAUGUUCAUUAUGAUAAGUUGCAUAACAGGUACAAGGGCUUUGUUGGUGCUAUAGAUGCUUCUCUGGUUCCCACUUCAUUUGGAGAAGCCGUCCGGUUUGCUUCUUGGAGGGAAGCUAUGGCAUAGGAAUUCAAUGCAUUGGAGCGUAAUCAUACCUGGGAGAUUACUGAUUUA